AUGGUCACCAAAUUCAAUUCAACAGAGAAGGCACGACCAAAAACCAAUAUCUCAAACCAGGUAGACUUUCGUGCCAAUGUGCAUUCGGAUUUCGCCCGGCUCGCCUACGACAGCCCAUACUUGGUUCUUGGGCCGUCGUGGUCUAUUUAUAUCAAAACCAGACUUCUAGAUCUCCGGCCGGCUAAGCCAAUGAACACGAGACGGCAAUCACUUUUGACGGUACUUACGUAUGGUAACACAUUAGCGGCAUCUAUCACUACAUCACGAAUUUCCCGUCUGUACUCGUCGGCUGCCAAUCCCGCCGUUCCGGGUUGUCCUACCCAAGCGCAUCGUGGCAAGUAUGCCCGUCAGCCGCAUGGUCACGUUUGUAUGCUACGAAAUAUGCCCGCUGGCACAGAUAUUGAGCUUAUGGCCCGUCGCAACUAG